AAACUGGGUCAACCAAAACCGAUCACUGGAAUAUACAGAUCAACAGAUAUCGAGAAUCAGAUAAUACUGGUAGCUAGCUUCUCUGCCAACAGCAAUUAACAGGCGAGGAUUGGAAUUGGGGCAAGUAUGUCAGGCUGUGCUCUCUUUUGCGAAGUCAUCAUCGCCAUCUUGCUUCCUCCUCUCGGCGUCUGCCUCCGUCAAGGCUGCUGCUCCGUCGAAUUCUUCAUAUGCAUAGUGUUGACCAUAUUAGGUUACGUCCCUGGCAUCAUUUACGCUCUCUACGCUAUUCUCUGCGUCGAUCGUGAUAUGUAUCGCGGCGAGUACUACACUCUUGCAUAGCUCCCCUUCUUCCUACUGUCUAUACAUCUUUAUUUCUAUGUAUGAACCUUUUCAAUUUAUUGUACGCUUUUACUCCCUGUCUUUGAUUUAUCAUGCUCAUGUGUUGAAUUAUCAGUUUGUUGUCCCCUAUUAAUACUUCGAUAAAUUCGGUUUAUCUUUUUAAUAUACUGCUGUGAAAGUAA